AUGUUCCUCCAUGUUGACAAGCCAGAUACGAUGCAAACGGAGCAAGUCCACAUAACUGCCACAGGACUUGAACCGGAAAGGAUCUACACCAUCACCAUGACGUUAGUUGAGCUUAUGAAAACUAAGUAUCAAAUUUGAAAUAUUUUUCCUAUUUUACAAGAUUAAUCAAUAGCUUUUGGCGCAGUGUUAUAGAAAAAUCCACCUAUCUUUUACCCUGUUCGGUUCAAUGCAAAAAAAAGUAUUUUUAUAAAGCUUUAAAUUAAAAAAUGGCUUGUAAUAAGUUCACAGGGACGGUCUUGGAACCCUAUAUAAAAUAACGAUGUUCUUAUAACUAUUCAGAGAAGUCAAACCCCCCUUUUAAUAGAAAAACUGGAUUUCAAAAUAACAUCUUUGAAUAUGUAUUAAAAUUUCGAAAAAAAUCAGGACUAUUUCUUAAUUUUUCAUCUUCCAUUUGAAAACCUAUAAAUUUCAGUGUAAAACACAACUACGGGACGCACAGCGCCACGGCAACCUUCCGUUCAAAUUCAGCAGGAUAUAUCGACUUGCAAACGGACGCCCCGAUAAGAGGAACUUAUUCAGGUAAUUCUGACCUCUGUGCUAAAAAAAAUCUUAUUCAAUGCCUGAUCCGGAAAACAAAUUCAAACACAGCCCCCGCAAAAUUUUAUCAGCAUCUAUCGAUAAGGAGUGCUUUGACCAUAGUAUUAUGAAAUUCGUCACGAGACAAUAAAUAAAAUGUGAUUCCCUGGUAAUGAUGUUUACUAGUUAAACUUGGCAUUUGAAGAAGAUGAGUCGAACUUCCGGUAAAGAUAAUAAUGAUAAAUAAUAAACUUUUUUUCACUUCCGCCGAAAAAUAAAUUCAAUAUAUUUUUAUAAAAAUCUCUUCACUGCUCCUUUAGAAUAAAAAAACACUUCAAAGCUUCUUGUAUUGUAUCGAGUGGGUUGUGAAUAAUGGUAACACAUUUUUUUAAUUACAACACUGAAAUAACUUUAAAAAAAGCAGGUACUUAUAGGAAAAAUCUCUCUUUGAAAACAAAGCAGUCUUUGAAAUACACUAAUUCGAAAAGAAUUAUUCCAGGUGUAGAGCCGAUGGGACUGUUUUUAUCUCAAAGGCCACUCGAAGACUUUGCCUUUGGUGGAUACCUCAGAUGCACGCCUCCAGUCCCGUUUUACUACGAUCUUUUGUGAGAAUCUUAUAAAAACUAUAACUAUUUCCAACAUUUUCUAGCCUUUUCGAUGAGAAGGACAACAAAAUAGACUCGAUGACGAUAAAGAAACAUUGGAUGCACCCGAAACUGGAAAGAACUGAAAUCGCGCAUGACGGUUUCUAUGGGACGCUUUUCAAGCCCCCAGGUGAGUGA